AUGGAAGAGACGGCUCUCCGUCUAAACGUUCGACGCCUCCUUCGCUGCGGCUUUCGGAUCAAAUCAACGGACAUGAUAGUGACGAUGACGGCGAUGGUAAUAACACCAAGCCAAUGCUAG